UCGGAACCAAUAUACCCCUCCCUUUCCUACGCGUUGGCUUCCCCCCCUGGUCUAAGAUGGGACUUUGGGCUUCGUCCAUAUAUUCGAGAUGAAUUUACUACCGAUGUUUAGUUUACUCCAAUUUCAAAGAAAUUUAUUAGCAUUGCCGUUGCAGUAUGGAAGGCAGUUUAGAGGUUACGCCGUAGAAGCACCCUUCUUCGGUAAAAGUAAGAAAAAGAAAGGAGGCCCCGUGGGUGAAAAGAAAGAAAUUCCUGUCGAGACAGAUGUCUCAAAGUUAUUAACGUUUGUUUGCGGAAGUAAUAUUUUAAAGGAAGGAAAGGAUGUCGAGUUGAAACCGGACUCUGAAUACCCUGACUGGUUGUGGACGAUAAAAACGGGUCCGCUUCCACCACUUGAAGAAAUGGAUCCAGAUAGUCUACAAUAUUGGAGGCGUGUGAGAAAAUUGGCCAUGGCACGUAAUAAUCAAUUAGCAAAACUUAAGAAAUUUUAAUAAAUAUUUAAUACAGCUUACUUGUUUUAUGUAUGCUAUGAUAACGUGAAUUAAUAAUUAUUUAGUAACAAUGAAUGGUACGACCCAUUAAAUUUGUAAAAAGAUAUAAAGAUUGAAAGAAUAUAUUCAAAGGGGCUAAUCCUUCCAGAA